UUCAGUUCAUCUCUCAAGGUUCAAGAUGAGGGUUGGUAUAGUUCUCCUCGUUCUAACCGUCUCUACUCAGGGUUCUAUUAAACUUCUGGCAAAUAUUGCUGAGCAUAAGUUGAACCUACUUGAAGCAAUUUUAGAUGCUAAGGUUAGGUUGCUGUCAGGUCUAGGCAACCAUAUCCUAGACCAGGUGGAGAAUAAGGCGCACAUACUCGGCAACCUCGGCAGGACUGCUCUCGACACUGUCGGGGACGUUGUUGAUGCUAAAGAAGAUUUGGUUUACGAGAUCGCAGAUGUUUUAGGAUCUUCAGUCCCCAGGUUGGGCUCUGCUUUGUAUAAUACUGGAGCAAGGAAGUUUGAAGCUAAAACCAGGUUGGUUGGAGGGGUUAAGGAUGCUCUAGUAGACACUUUAUACUCUAAACUUGGACUUUAUCCCUCGAAUGAAGCCAUCUACCCUGGAAUCACCUAUCCUGAACCUAUAUACCCCGAACCCACUUACCCUGGACCCAAUCCCAAUCCCAUUGAUGAUUGCACCCAAGAGGUUUGGGAAACCCUGCCCAACGGAGAAGUUGUCGUUGUUAGAAAAAAUAUCUGCGGAACUGAGACCCCUGUUGUUCAGUCCACUACAACAACACGACUACCAACUAUAUCAACAACUACAAGACGGCCAACUCCACAGACAACAACAGGACGGCCAACAACAACAACAGCAGAUCCGUGCACACAGGAGGUUUGGGAGACAUUACCUAACGGAGAAGUUGUUGUUGUUCGUAAGAACGUUUGUGGAACUGAGACAACAACUUCAUAUAAACCAUCAACAACAACAAGACCAUACAUUAUACCAACAACAACACAAAGAACCACAACAACUAGACGGCCAACAACAACCACUACAACAGAUCCUUGCACUCAAGAAGUUUACGAGACACUACCUAGCGGAGAAAUUGUUGUUGUACGUAAAAAUAUUUGUGGCACUGAGACAACAACACCUAAGACUACUUCAACAACACCAUAUGCUCGACCAACAACAACCAGAAGAACAACAACACAGACAACAACAGAUCCCUGCACUCAAGAGGUUUGGGAGACACUGCCUAGCGGAGAAAUUGUUGUUGUCCGUAAGAAUAUUUGUGGCACUGAGACAACAACACCUAAGACUACAUCAACAACACCUUAUGUUCGACCGACAACAUUCAGAAGAACAACAACACAGACAACAACAGAUCCCUGCACUCAAGAGGUUUGGGAGACACUACCAAGUGGCGAGGUUGUUGUUAUUCGAAAGAAUAUUUGCAACACUGAUGAAACUACAACAACAACAACAACAUUCCCGUUCCUGGAAACAAGUGGUGUUGUAAACACAGAUAGUUGUACACAAGAAAUCUGGGAGAAGCUGCCAAAUUCACAGUUUCUAGUUGUACGGAGGAACAUCUGCCGGGCGGACUUCGACCGAAGGCGGAGAGAUGUCUCCGAUGAUUACUGCACGGCGGAGGUUUAUGAAAAAUUAGAUAACGGCGAAUUCGUUGUUAUCAGGAGAAACACCUGUCACUCUGCCUGCUUUAGGGAUAUCGAGGAAAAUCAGGAGGAAUGUGAGGAUGAGGAGGAGUGUAUUAUUAAGAAAGAUCUUCAAUGUGAAAAAAAUGCAACAAAAGAGGUGUGUAUAACGAAGCAAGAGUGUAUGCCGGGCAGAUGUCAGCAGAUCUUGAAGAAUUCUUGUGUCCGAGGUGUUUGUAAAACUGAUCUUGUCAAUGUCUGCGCGGAUGAUAACUGCUCCGAUGUAGAGGAGUGUAGCGAGGUGCCUGAUGACUCCAAGUGCGAAGUGAAGGAGGAGAAGGAGUGCAAGAUGGUUCCUGUCUGCAGAACUGUCAAGAAAACCAACACAAAGUACGUCUGCAGAAAAUAAAUCAAAAAUAAUAAUUUAAAUAAUUAUUAUAACAUUCAUGCAGAUUGUAUUGUAAAUAUUUAGAUAAA